AUGACUCACCAGGUGUCAGCAACCAGGAAUACCUUCCUAAGUGGAAGGGGGUUCAGCUCUGUCUCUGCUCUUGGUGGACUCGGUGGACACAGGACCUAUGUCGCCUCUGUGCGCCAUCCCGUUGGCAGCGGAGGUGAGGUCCAUGGUUUCAGCAGUCAAAGUCUUUCUAACAUGGGUGGAAGAGGAAAAGUUGCACAUGGUGGUUACGUACUUGGAUAUUAUGGUUGUGCAAAUCAUGGUAGCCCUGCCUUUGUUGGCCCAGUGGGUCAUUAUGGCCCUAGAGUUUAUGAUUCAGCUGGAAACUGUGGGAUUUUCGGUGGACACUCAAAUGGCAGGGGGGAUGGCAUCCAUGGAGUCAGAAUCAAUGAGAAGCUUCUGAAGCCAUUGCAUGUGGGAGUUGACCCUCAAGAACAUAUUGUACGUGAUCAUGAAAGGGAAGAAAUGAAGAGCCUCAACAACCAGUUUGCCUCCUUCAUUGAUAAGGUCCGAAACCUAGAGCUACAGAACAAAGUCCUUGAGACCAAAUGGAACCUUUUGCAAGAACAUGUCAUUCCAGCCAAGAAAAGCCUUGAACCGUAUUACGAGAACUUCAUCAGCAACAUGAAAAAGCAACUGGAGUGUCUAUUAAAUAACCAAGAGCAUCUAAGAAAUGAAAAUGAUGGCAUUGAACAGCUGGUGGAGGACUUCAAGUGCAACUAUGAAGAGGAAUUCAAAAGACGGACAGAUGCAGAAAAUGAAUUUGUGCUGCUCAAGAAGGAUGUAGACUCCAUUUCUCUGAGCAAGUCAGAACUGGAGGGGAAAGUACAUUUGCUGAGCGGAGAAUUGGAAUUUCGCAGAGGUAUCUAUGCGGAGGAAUUAGCACAGCUCAGUACCAAUGUUUAUGACACUAACAUCCUCUUGCAAAUGGACAACAGCCGAAACUUGAACAUUGACAGCAUCAUCAAAAGUGUGGAAGCAUGGUAUAAAAAUGUUGCCCAAGGGAGCAAAGAAGAAGUUAAUGCUUUUUAUGAAAACCGAUUCCAGGAGCUUCAGCAACAAAGAGGGAAAUAUUCUCAAACUCUGAAGAUCAACCAGCAAGAGAUUGCAGAUCUGACUCGUCUGGUUCAUAAACUGCAGUCUGAAUAUGAUAUUAUUAAAAAACAGGUUAAUGGUUUCCAAACAUCCGUUUGUGAGAUCGAGCAGCAUGGAGACUGCGUUCUGAAAGAUGCCCGGGAUAAGCAUAUUGAUCUGCAAACUGCUGUACAGAAGGCCAAGGAUGAUUUAGCAAGGCUGCUAAGGGAUUACCAAGAGCUUCUGAACACCAAGCUUGCUCUUGACAUUGAAAUUGCUACCUAUAAGACAUUGCUGGAGGGAGAAGAGACCAGGAUACACUUGGGAAAUCCUGUCUCUAUAGGUAAGAGGGAUGAUCCCUACUGGCCAGAAGCCAAGCGGAUGGCAAUGGACGAUCGUCACCGUUCCGAUUUCGGCCGCCAGGAUCGGUUCCAUGACUUCGAUCACAGGGAGCGUGGGCGGUAUCAGGGCCAUCCUCUGGACAGGAGAGAAGGGUCCCGGGGAAUGAUGGGAGACCGAGAAAGGCAGCACUAUGCAGAGGAACGCCACAGGGAUCCAGACCGCCACUCCAGAGAAGGUUGGGGCAGCUACGGGUCGGACCGGCGCAUGAACGAGGGGCGGCGAAUACCUCCCCCGUCCCGAUUUGGUGACUUCAUGCCAGCUUCCCCACAGCCAAAGUCAAAGUGGGGAAGCUGGCAAGAAGUUGCAAGUCCCAGGCUUGCAGAUGUGAUCAAACCUGGGAUAGAAAAUGCAGUUGGAUCCUCAUUUUCAAGUGGAUAUGCUCCUCUGGGUGGAGGAUAUGGUGGAGGAUAUGAUAUGGGAUUUGGUAAAGGAUAUGGAGUGGGAGGUCAGGAGAGAAGCAACAGGAACUACAGCUCCAGAAGUGCUGGAUUUGAUCAAAAUACUGGAAGGAGCAAUAUAGCUCCUGGGAAUAGAUCAGCAGAUGCAGAGUACUACCAAGGAAGAGGAUAUAGCUAUAGGAAUGAGUCCUGCUCUGGUCAUCCCUCUGCAGGCAUGCGCCAGUUCUCAACAGAAGAGGCUGGUAGAGGUGCUGGCCAUGGCCCAGGUGCAGGAUUUAGCUCAAGAACUGCCUAUGGAUCAGUUUGCGGUGGAGGAAGGGGAUAUGGGUCUACAAGUGUGGUAGGGAAUUGCCCAGAUGGAAACUACCCUCGUGGAGGUUAUGAACCCUCAGGGGUUGCUGCAUUUGGGGAUGGAGGGUGGUACUCCCGGGCAGGAGUCCCAAUGGGGGGUGCAGCUGAAGGUAACCCUGCCUCUGUAGGAAUAGGUGGGGCAGCAGGAGGUCCUGCAGGAGUGUGUUACUCUGGACCACUAGGAACUUCUGCAGGGGUGUGUUAUGCUGCACCAGCCGGAACACCUGCAGGGGUGUGUUAUGCUGCACCAGCAGGAACAUCUUCAGGGGUGUGCUAUGCUGGACCAGUAGGAACUUCUGGAGGACUGUGUUACCCUACAGCUGUAAGACUUUUUUAA